AUGGAAUUUCCUUAUAAGAAGCGACAGAGGAUACCGGCAUCAUGCUCAGUUUGUAGAAAGCGGAAAUCAAAGUGUGAUAGAGUGAAACCAAUUUGUGGAUCAUGUAAAAAGAAAUCGAUUGCUCACCUUUGCUUCUAUGAGUCAGAUAAGGCUGAAGUGAGCCCUACUGAUAGUAACAUUAUGAAUUAUGGGGGGAUUACCGGACCUAUAAAAGCAAAUUCCCCGGGUGAGCCAACACAAGUUGGGUACCCAUUUCCUGGUAACAACAUACAAAAUCCACUACAAUAUGGAUCCAAUACCAAACCAAAUAGUGAAGGAUUUAUCCCAGCAAUGCAGUCGUAUGGUGCUUCUGGUAAUGCGCCUAAUGCACCGGAUCGAAUGUAUGCUGUGGGACCUGCUCCUUCUUUGAACCAUCAGCAACUAACUAAUCCGCAUCAAAAACUCCAAAAUCAGUCUAAUACACAUGGUCAGCUCCAGGUGCGGCAGUCUGUUCAUCAACAGCAUCAUUCCCUACAGGGAUCGCAAGCAUUCACUCAGAACCACGCUAGUCCUAUUCAUCAAGGAAUAUUACCACAACAGCAACAGCAACAGCAACAGCAACAGCAACAGCAACAGCAACAACAACAACAACAGCAACAGCAACAACAACAACAACCAAUAGCACCUCAGCUACAACAACAACAGCAGGCUCAGUCGCAACAACCACAACAACCAUCUCUGCGACAGUUUCCUAGGCCAAAUCUGAUGGAUCGCCCAAUGCCAAAUUUUAAUGUACCUAAUCAGCUCUUUCAAAAUAAUGGAGGACCACCCUCGUUACCCUUCCAUAGUGGCAAUUUUAGUACACCUAACAGUGCUACUAGUUGUAGACCCAGUCUGGAUGAAAGUCUAGUUUCAAUUUCUAUUGGCCCUAAUUCAACAUUACAAAUUAACCCAAAUGAUAGAAUUGAUGUAUUUUCUAAUGCUAGUUUUUCUUUUCUGGUUGAAGGAUCUCUCUUACAGCAACAAGGUCCAUUAUCUUAUAUUGGGUUGACCAAGAGUGAUCCGUUUUUGAAAUUUAUAAGAAACUAUGCCAUUACACUAUUUAAGUCCGGCAGCAUGUCGCAAUUUAUAGAGUCCAAGUCAAUGAAGCGUCAAAAGAGAAAAGUCCGUAAUCCAAAGUCAUCUACUACUAAGAAGAAUGAUGGAGUUAAAGCAAAAGUUGAUACCCCUACUUCGAUUAAUUCGGACUCACUACAAGAUAAUCCAAGACCUACAAAGAACGAUGGUCUUCAAUCUAAUAAACCGGAAAGUGCCAACAAAAGCUAUGCUAAUGAAACUAAAGACAAUACUACAGAAACCGAGGACAAUGCUACAGAAAAAAAUAAAGAUGUACAAGAUUCGGAAGAAAAUGAAGAGGAAGAAGGUGAUGAAGAAGGUGCCGACGAGUCGGACGUGGUGGUUGAAGACGGGCUUAUAGUCACUAAAAUUAAAGUGAGAGAUACAAGCUCAAAUAACUCAGACGAUGAAUCGAAGCGACCCAGGAAACUUCGCAUAUUACCUGGAUUGAAAUCGUUAUAUCAAGGUAGUAAGGCAAAACAAGAGUAUUUUGAGCUAACUGGUGAAGCUAUACUUGGGAUAUUACCAAAAAAAAAGAAUAUGUUUAUGCUUUUCUGCAGAUUUUUUAAGUAUGUCUACCCAUUUAUUCCGAUUGUUGAUGAACAUUCUUUAAUUUUUGAUAUAAAUCAUGUCUUGCCUGAAAAGUUCCCCACAUUGAGAGCCGAUGAACGCUAUGAAAAAUUUGAAAUAAAGGGCCAGAACGAUUUUGUUAUUUUUGGAGUUGCAUUAUUAGUUAUCAGAUUGGGAUAUAUGAGUUUGAUUCAUAACGAUGAAACAAAUAAUGGGUUAAAUGAGGAUGAAAAAAGUAUGAUUGAAGAUAUGCAGAGAAUAAGCCCUAAAGAAUAUAUUGAUGUUGUCAAUCUUUGUAUUCCAGAAGAACAAACUUCUCAAAAGAGUUCGUUUAAGAUAAUACAAUGUUUGACUCUUUUGUAUUUCUAUAGACUGGUGACUCCAGACGAUUGUCUCGGACUUGGUGGGACAGACUCUCAAAUUCUUUUUGGAACUAUCAUGAAACAUGCCUUUGCGAUUGGUCUUAAUAGAGACCCCACUAAAUAUGUUGCCCAUGAAAAUAUUAACAACAAUGCACUGUUAACUAAAUCUUGGAGGGCUCUAUGGCAUUACCUAGUGUCUCUUGAUGCAAUGAAUGCUAUCCAUUCAGGAACUGUUUUGAAUGUGCACAAUUUAGAUAUAAGUGAUGUUCAAUAUCCUAAUUUCGAUAGUAAAACUGGGAAAGUAAAAGACACUUUAUUCAAUAUUAAACUCAUCUGCGAGUCAUAUAGAAGCCUCAGCAACUUGAUAUCAAAUGUACAAGUCAAACCUAAGGUUAUCGAUAUUUUGGGAGAAACAAAUAAAUUAGAAAAGCUAUUCUUCAAUUUUUUUGGGAAGGAUUUUUUUAAAGAUUAUAUCUGUCAAACAGCUAAACCUUCGGUCAACUUACAAUCACCGAUAGACAAUAGCAUUUCUAGCUUAGAACACGAAGAAGCUUUCUUAAAGGUUAUAAAGUAUAUUACGUUUAUUCAAUUAAGAACUAAUUUAUCUUGCAUGUACUAUAAGAUUGCUAUGUUUUAUGAAAAUGAACACACAAAGUCAAGCACUUCGCCAAUCGGUGCAGGGUUGGAAUUAUUCAAGAUUUACAUUAAGAGUGUCGUUCAAUUGAACUAUAUCAUGUCUUACGUUGUUGAUAAUUCUGUGACUGUUUUUGGACGUAAUUUUGAUUAUAUUGUGACAGCCAAUAAUGAGAAUUGUAUGAUUAGAACUCAUGCGUUUUUGACGUCGUAUUUCGUAAGAUUAAUGCAUCAUAAAAAGGUUUUGACAACUAGACUCAAGACCGAGGGAUACAACAUAGAUAUUAGUUUGAAAUUAGAGGUCACUGAUACAUUGUUCAAAAUGGUUCUUGUUGAGGCUGAGUUAUACGUUGGCAAUUUCAGAAAGCUAAGCAAAAACUACAUUAAUUCUUACAGACUUUAUGUCAUGACAUACUUUGUUUUAAAACAAUGUAUGGAAAAUCCGGACGUUUUUUUCGAAAGAUCUAUGAAACAUGCGCAAUUUUAUCAUGAUGGUACGAAUAUGAUAGAAUUCUGCUCGACCGCUGAGCUACAACAUUUAUGUAAGUUAUGUGAGGAGUUUAAACUUGCAAAAGACGAGCAGGAGAAAAUUCUUAAACGCAGAGAUUCUUCAUUUAGUCCAGAUUCUCUUAGAACUUAUCCAACUCCUAUGAAUUAUAUGAGUCAGACGAAGAGCCUUGAUUCAGAUUAUAGUGAUUUGACGCACAGUACCCAAAACCCUUCCUCAACAGUUCAAUCAUCUCCGGUGGACACUGGUACUUCAGCAAUAGGCAUGAUGAAUGCAAUUCCUGGGUUUGAUAAUCCGAAUAUGCAAAAUGAAGAUCUCAUGAAAUUAUUCGAAAUUUAUGCAGAUGUAGAUCAAAUCUAG